AUGGCUGCCUCUUACCAAAUCGCAUCCAUUCCCGGUGACGGCAUCGGCCCCGAGGUCGUCAGUGCCACAAUUCAAGUUGUUGAGAAACUGGCCAAAGCACUUGGAACUUUUCAGAUCAACUUCACUCAUAUUCCAUGGGGUACCAACUACUACAAGGAGCAUGGCCGAUACCUUUCCGAGCAUGCCUUGAGUACCUUGAAGCAAUAUGAUGCCGGUCUAUUUGGUGCCGUGGGAGAUCCAGAUGUUCCGGAUCACAUUUCCCUUUGGGGCCUGUUACUUGCUAUUCGAGGCCCUCUGCAGCUCUAUGCCAAUGUGCGACCAGUACGAACAUUCCCAGGAACUAAAUGUCCGCUCAGCACCGCAACGGGAGGUAUCGACUGGAUGUUGGUGCGAGAGAACUCAGAAGGUGAAUACUCAGGUCAGGGAGGACGUUCACACGUCGGACAACCGUGGGAAGCUGCUACGGAGGUAGCGAUAUUCACCCGGGUCGGAAUCGAGCGUAUCAUUCGUUUUGCCUUUGAAACCGCGCAGUCGCGUCCCCGAAAGCAUCUGACGGUCGUUACAAAAAGCAACUCUAUGCGCAACGGCAUGGUGCUUUGGGAUGAAAUUGCGGCAUCUGUUGCGAAGGACUUCCCCGAUGUGACUUGGGAUAAAAUGCUCGUUGAUGCCAUGACGGUGCGAAUGGUUUGGAAGCCGGAGUCUAUUGAUACAAUCGUCGGCACGAAUCUGCACAUGGAUAUUCUCUCGGACUUGGCUGCUGCUCUGGCCGGGUCCAUUGGAAUUGCCCCAUCUAGUAAUCUGGAUCCAACUCGCAAAAAUCCGUCUUUGUUUGAGCCAGUUCAUGGGAGUGCCUUUGAUAUAAUUGGAAAGGGAAUUGCCAAUCCUGUUGGGACAUUCUGGUCAGCUGCAGAAAUGCUCACAUGGCUGGGGGAGAAGGAUGCCUCCGCUAAAUUGAUGCAAUGUGUUGAGAAUGUAUGCGCUGCAGGUAUCCUGACCCCUGAUCUAGGUGGGACGUCGAGUACCCAGGAUGUGGUUGAUGCUGUUUGUGCUGAGAUUGAGAAGUUGGAGACUUGA